AUGGUGGGAAAUAACAGUGCGAGCAGUUGCGACAACAAUUGUAAUGGUAUCGACAGCCAACCACGCCAGAACGAUGCAAGUGGUAGCAGCACGAGAGAACAUUCCAGCAGACCAGUAGGUCAGUUAUUUAAUGGCUGGAAACAAGUCGCUGAAAGAACUUCCACAUCACAGCCGACUUCCAAGAAGCGAAUAGAAGUAACAGACCACAACGAUAAUGCUUAUGCAAUCCCUUGUUGCAGUACUUCUAAACAACGAAGGAAACUUCGAAACAAAGGAAGAAAGUGA